UUCCUUUUACAUUUGUGACAGCUAUUCCUUAAUCAUUUCCUUUCUACAAUUCUUUGCGGAAAACAAAUUUGUAUAUUCCAGUAAAUUGUAUUUUAAUUAAUAAUGUCUUUUACUAGCUUUGUCAAGCUUAUGAGGGAAUUGGCAUACAUGUUAACGGUGCCCCUGGGGCCUCACCAGGAUUUUAUAUAUGACGUACGCGUCCUGUGCAAUGCGAUCCAGACGCAGUUGUAUCUGGACAACGCGACAUUCAAGGACCAUUUGGGUCAGUUGGAUAAAACAGCUGCCCUUGUGGAUGAUCUGAAUCUGGAUAUGCCGCUAAACUUUCAACUAUUUCUGCCUGUCCGACUCCCAGUGCCUGUUACUGCGACCUAUGAUGAUAAGAACAGGACAGUGCAGUUCACCAGGCCGGACUUUGAGCAUCCGUUCUUCUUGGGCAAUGCUGUGAAUUACAAGCGCAUGAACCUAUUGCUUCAAAAGGAGAUUGAAAGAGCGGUUGACAGGCUGGGAUGUGUCUGUGGAUACACCGGAGCUAUUUACGAUUUAAAUUACACAGUCUGGUGUUAUCAGAAGGUGCCUUUCAUUCACCAACUAGUCGCUGUGGAACGGGGUCCAUAUCAACGUUGCAUUCGCUUUGACUUCGUGUUGGCCUUGGAAUUCGAUGGGACGGAUGUUCCACUGCCUCCGUGCUACGAAGCCUCUAUUAGCCACCGAUGGAUCGCCUAUGGCAUGGUGCCGCCAAAAGGAAGUACUGGUAUCCAAAGCUCUACGGAGUGGGCUGUCCUUGUUCCUAAAUGGCAGUCGGCGGGUGCUGGUAACCGCCUGAGGGAGCUCAAUACCAUGAUUCUCCUCCAUCGACUACUGCGAGCCCAGCAAUGCGACAGCUAUGCCCUGCCUGUCGCCUUGAAGCUUGGUUUCUCCUUGACCACCGAGGAACGUGGCGAAAGCUACCAAGAGUUAGGCGUUGCCGACCUAUUGAUGUCGACUUUCGGCCAUAUGGUGUUUUGCAACUUCUGGGAUAUUUUUGGGAAACUUGCAGAGGGCGACAAAGAUGCCAAAAGAAGUAAAUUUUUGGAAGUCCGAAAGCAGCAGUUGCGUGCCAAGGGAAUAUUUUUUGUUCUGGUCGAGGCGAUGCGAACAAAUACGAUCGACACGGAGUUUACAUAUGGACUCUUCCGGUACAUCUACAUCCCGCCGCCACCGAUAUGCUAUUGGCAAUCCGUGGAGGAUUACAUGACGAAAAUGCCCAUACUCGACAAUCCAUGUUUGCCAGAACGCCGCAGAAGCAUUUGAAGUGGCAUAAUCGCAGUAAGCCUUCAAAAGUAAAUUGACCAGAAGCGGUGCAGGCAGUGAGGCAGGCGUAUUUCAGGACGUGGGUGGUGGGGCUGGUGGUCGAUGGUUGGCGUUCUGUUGGCUGAAAAAAAACAUAAAGAAAAUAACCACGCUUCCCUUGUUGAUUUUUGGAAAUUUGAGCAGAACUGUAAAUUGGUCGAGCAGUUUGUGGGAAUCCUUUCCCCGGAUUUCUGUUUGUUUUUGUUGCACUAAGACCCCUCCAACGUCUUAGUGUCUUCAAAUCUGGGUAAUUGUGCAACUUUAAUGCCAAAAAAUAAGUGGAGCUGUUGGUAACGAACACACACAGACAGACACACCCAAGCUUCGGCUCACACAGAAAAACACACAGCCAGAAACAGAGACAAAAGUUAA